CCAUAUCCAAAAAGACAUUUGACAUGGGAAGCCUAGGUGAUUGGCCCGAACCAGUGGUAUGUGUCCAAUCUUUAUCAGAAAGUGGUGAGCUUGUGAUUCCCGGCCAAUAUAUCAAGCCGCAAUCAGAGAGACCAUCUUUUUGUCUAAAAGAAAUGAACAUACCAGUUAUCGAUAUGACUGGUUUGAUCACUUCACGUGAAGAGACUAUGAAGCAAAUUUCCGAGGCAUGUCGUGAAUGGGGCUUUUUCCAAUUGGUGAAUCAUGGUGUGGGGAUUGAAUUAGUCGAUAGGGUUCGGGAAAUUUGGAGGGAGUUUUUUCAUGAACCUAUGGAAGUGAAGCAAAAGUACGCAAACACUCCAAAGACUUAUGAAGGGUAUGGGAGCAGAUUAGGAGUUGAAAAAGGGGCAAUUCUUGAUUGGAGUGAUUACUACUAUCUCAACUAUCUUCCUCUUUAUCAUACAAAGUGGCCUGCCCAUCCACCUUCCCUAAGGGAAGUGAUGGAGGAAUAUACGAACGAAAUACUAAGGUUAGGUGCAGUUUUAUUAAAAGUAUUUUCGAUAAACCUCAGAUUAAAAGAAGAUGCCCUUCAAAAUGCAUUUGGUGGCAAAGAAGUCGGGGCCUGCUUGAGAGCAAAUUUCUAUCCAAAGUGUCCACAACCGGACUUAACCAUGGGAUUAUCUUCUCACUCGGAUCCUGGCGGUAUGACUUUUCUACUGCCAGAUGAGCAGGUCUUCGGACUCCAAAUUCGAAAAGACAAUCAAUGGGUAGCUAUUAGACCUGCUCGUCAUGCCAUUGUUGUAAACAUUGGAGAUCAACUUCAAGUUCUAAGCAAUUCAAUAUAUAAAAGCGUGGAGCACCGGGUAGUAGCGAACCCAGACAAAGAACGACUCUCUUUGGCUUAUUUCUAUAAUCCAAAAAAUGAUAUUCUUAUUCAACCAACAUCUGAGCUUAUCACAUUGACAACACCUGCCCUUUAUCCACCGAUGACGUUUGAAGAAUACAGACGUUUCAUACGAACCAAGGGUCCACGAGGCAAAUUUCAAGUCGAGUCAUUAAAAUCCCAAAGAUAGCAUGUAUGUAUCAUGUAUGUCAUCUUGAGCUUAUUAUAACAAGGUUACUUACAGCUUAUAAUAUUGUUAUAUAUUAGUUGAUAGUGGCAAUAUACGCUACAAUGUGCAAAAUAAGAUGUAGAUGUAUAAUAAAGUUGUAUACCA